AUGUCAAGCGUAAAAAAUAGAGUAAAACUAUUUGAAAAACCAAAAGAAAUUAACAAUAAUAUCACAAAUAAAGCGAAUAGUACCACCAGUAAAAUAAACAUUAACAAAUUCAAUACAAAUAACAAACUUACUUCUAACAAAAUUAAUAUUACCACCACUUAUAAUGUCUCUAAUAAUAAAUUUAAAACUAAACACUCUGCUGGUAACUAUAACACUAAUGAAAGCGAAAACAAAGCUGAUAAUAAAAUCAUUGCUGGCAAUAAUAUUAUUGUCAAAAAUAAAGAUGCAAAAGAGAUAUCUUUAGAUUUUUCAGAAAAUGAUUUACAAAAAUUAUUAUCAAGUCCUGAUAUUAAUAAUAUAGAUUCAAAAGAUUUGUUAAAAGCAGCUACUGUGGUGAAAGUACCCCCAACCCCUAAUCCUGCUGCUGCUGUAAUAACUUUAUUAGCCUCAAAAAUUUCUGCUUUAGAGGGUGAAUUAGAAACUGUUGGCAAAGAGAUGGCUGAAAAUAUUAAACGUGAAGUAGAUUUAGAAAUGGAAUUGGAUAAUGUUGUAACACAAAAAGAAGAAGAAAUACAGGUUGCUACUAAGCCAUUGGUUAUUAAAAUAAGUCAACUGGAAGCUGACAUAUUACAAUACAAAAAAAUGAAUUCUAUUUCUUCAUUAGAUAAUAUCCCUUCAAGUACAGGAUCUUCAAGAGAUUUAUUAAAUAAUAAAAAACAAAAUGCUGAAACAGAAUUCAAUCAACUCAAAUUAGAACUUGAGGAAUUAAAAAAAUCAAAUGAAAACAAAUCAAAUGAAAUCAAUGAAUUAAAUGAAAUAAUAAAAAAUCUAGAGAAACAAAGAGAUGAACAAGGUAAAAUAUUGGACGAGCAUCAAAAAGGAGCACAGGUAUUUAUAAAAGAUAUGGCGUCAGAAAGAGAGCAAUGGAGACAAAAAGAACAAGAUAUUAUACUAAACCAUGAAUCAAUUGAACUAAAAAUGAAACAAAAAGAAUCAGAAUUAAGCGCUGUACAAGAUGAAUUGAUGAGCACAAUUAAAGAGAAACAAACUAUGAAACAGAAAUUGAGGCUAAUUGAAAAUGAAUUAGCAAAAACAAUAGAUGAAAAGAGAAAACUUUCAGAUCAAUUAACAGAUACAAAGAGACAAUUGGAUAAAUUUAAAGAACAAAUAAAAUCGAUCAAAUUAAUGGGUAAUGAUGAAGACAAUGACAAUAACAACGAUGAUGAACUAUUAUAUAAAAAAAUGGAUAAAUAUAAACAAGAAUCAGAAGUGCUUCAACAGCAGCUUGAAACUUUAAAUAAAAAACUUUCUGAGAAAGACGAUGAACAACACAAUCUUAUUCAAACACUUGAAAAAGCAACUUUACAAACAGAAAAAACUGUAGUAGACAAUGAAGCCAAAUUCAAUACAUUAACAAAAGAUCAUCAGAAAACAUUAAAUUCAUUACAAAAACAGCAUGAAGAUGAAAUAAAAAAGAUUACAGAUCAAUUGAUAGAGGAGAAACGUAUAACUGAAAGAAAAAUCAAAUCUCUAGAAAUGAAACUUGAAGAUGUAAGUAGAUAUAAUCUUGUCUUUAAUAUCAGAGAAUUGGAAAAUUAUUGUUAA